CGUUACUGAAGUGUUUGAGUGGUGAGAAUUCUUCUUAGGCUGGAGGAGGAUGCAACGUGUGUAUUUAUUCCCAUCUAAUCUCAGUGACGCGCUCGCCAUUUCACAGAACCCCCCCUCUCUUCUUCAGCUCGACCCUCCGUUGACGAAAUCUGGCCCGCCCAAGACAAGCCUAUCCGAGACAUCCUCUACUCGCAAAAAGAAUGUCUCACCGCCGCCGCCUUCGCCAAGGGAAGAUCUCGACCAGAGGCAGACUCUCACCAUCGCACUAACCCAAAUCCCCGGAGCCUCAAGCCACGGGGCUAAAUCCGCAUCGCAACAGUCCGGCGAGAACGGGGAAAUGAUUGGUCUGCUACGAAAGAGGCGGGCUGGAACCACCAGCCCUUGCAGUCGAGAGUGCAGCGCCUUGAGUGCAGCGCCGUGAGUGCAGCGCCGUUUCCGGGUGUGACGGGGCGGAGGGACGGACGCGGGGCCGCAUUCGGACGGCGUCGUCAAAGAAGCUAUGCUUAUAAUGCGGGGCCACCUGCAAGUUUGGUUCAGCGUUAGUGUGCGACCACACUGACUGCAGGUGACCAAUGUGAGCAGGGUGAGAGUGAAGCGUGAUGGUGGUUUUGAGGCUUGAGAUGUGGACGGUAGUGGUAGGUAUUUCGUACGGGCGGACAGCUGGCACGGCUGGUUUCCACACGGGAUCUCCAGAGGCUUGUUGCCUCGUACGCCUGUGGACGUUUGGGUAUUGUGUAUGAAUGCGAGAGAGGUAUUCGUAUGGCCGUUUGCGUUAGGACGAUUGUUGUGUGACG